UAUCAGCUGUUUUAUUGCACACCACACACCGCACACAACUAACAGGGGUUCAACCAUAUAUCUUCGCCUGCUCCUAGAUCGGAAACACGCUAUUUCAAGUGUGCAUGGUGUCGCAUGCAAAGUUGAGUGAAGAGAAAAAAGUGUUUCUCACACGAUAUCAAGAUGUCAACUUGCAGGACAUUGACAAGUAGAUUGGGUGCCCUGUGCACGUAUCACCAACGCUAUAUGUCUACAAGUUGUCUGAGGAGAAUCUACCCCAGUGUAUUGUCAUCCGUGAGACCGCCGUGUUACAGGGAGUUCUCCAACACCGCUGUCCGAAAUGUUAUCUUCACAAGUCCCAUACCGGAUAUACACAUCAAAGAGGAAUCUCUAGCGGAAUAUCUUUUACCAGAAUUUGAGAGAUUUGGCAAUAAAACGGCACUUGUAGACGACAGUGCAGGUAAAUCGUACACUUACCUGGGAUUGAGGGACGCCGUGAUAAAGCUGAGUAGUGCUCUACACAGACUGGGGUACAAGAAAGGAGAUGUUCUGUGUAUGUGUUCCACCAACAGUACCGAGUACGCUAUACUCAUACUGGCCUGUGUGACGUCAGGCAUAAUACUCACCACAACGAAUCCGGUGUACACUUCCGGGGAAAUUGUACGACACUUCCAUCAUUCAGGCGCCUCCGGCGUGGUGGUGACAAAAUCACUAUUGCCGAAUGUCCAAGAAGCUUUGGCAAGCGACAGCAGCCUUCAAAGUACUAUUAAGAACAUCAUAGUGGUCGGUGACAUGGAGGGAUAUCGGUCGUUCUCAAGUCUACUCAGCGAUGACGGUACUUGUUUCCCGGAGAAUCUAAUGAUUGAUCCGAACGAGGACGUGGCACUCCUGCCGUACUCCAGUGGGACCACGGGGCUCCCUAAGGGAGUCAUGCUGACACACAUGAACAUCGUAUCAAACCUUCAGCAAACAAGACCACAGUUCGCUAUCACGAAUGACGAUUCCGUUCUCUGCCUUUUGCCGAUGUUUCACGCUUAUGGCAUGCUUUUCAUUCUAAUGAAUACAUUACAAGAUGGAGGCAAAUUAGUCAUAUUACCCGAGUUUGAGCCAGAGUCGUUCCUCACGUCUAUCCAACAACAUAAGGUGUCCCUGCUGUACAUGGUCCCCCCUAUAGCACUGUUCCUAGCCAGACAUCCACUCGUUGACAAGUUUGACAUUUCUAGCAUCCGGGCCCAUUUAUGUGCGGCAGCUCCCCUGGGAGAGUCAUUAUGUCUGGAGUAUGAAAAGCGACUGAAAUAUCCGGUUGUUCAAGGAUAUGGGAUGACCGAGCUGAGUCCAGUCGCCACUUUGGACACACUUCCUCCACACCACGUGGGAACUGUGGGGGAGUUAGUACCCAACACUAGCGCCAAGUUUUUGUGCCUCGAGACGGGAGCUGAACUAGGCCCAGGAAAGACAGGGGAAUUGUGUAUUCGGGGACCGCAAGUCAUGAAAGGAUACCUUAACAAUGAGAAGGCUACUAAAGAAAUGAUUAUAGACGGAUGGCUUCAUACAGGUGAUGUCGGGUAUGUUCGGGAGGACGGAAGUUUUAUGAUUACAGACAGACUGAAGGAGCUAAUCAAAUACAAAGGAUUUCAGGUAGCCCCAGCAGAGCUUGAGGAUGUAUUACUAAGACACCCCGGGGUACAGGACGUGGCAGUAAUAGGGGUACCAGACGAGAGGGCUGGGGAAAUCCCUCGUGCCUACAUCGUACCUAAACCAAACAGCAAGUACACCCCAGAAGAUAUAUCGAAAUUCGUCGAAGAAAAGCGUUUCCUCCUACAAGAGGCUUCGAGGCGGAGUAGAAUUCCUAGAGGAAAUUCCAAAAUCGCCAUCUGGAAAAAUUCUCAGACGUUUACUUCGCGAUAUGUCCUAGAGAAAUCACCAAUUGAAAAUGACGUCACUGAAAAUACACAAACUGGCUACUGUCAGAAGCAGUGCAUGCAUGCACCGUGAAGCGUACAUUCAACAAAACCAAGCAAGACUAGUUAUAAAGAUAUGUAUAAUAAAUACAUAUACAAAUGAAAAACAUCAAGCGCCCUCACAAAAUAUUGAAAGUGAACCCAAUUUAGUGUCUGCCAAAAUUGUGUACAGAAAACUAGAUUGGACUUUUACUAGAAGCCACCUGUUAUCAAAAUAAAUCCAUAUUGUAUCGUAUAUAUAAAAAAAAUAAAACAAAAACAAA